AUGCCUCCUAAGGUUCCUCCUAGGAAUAGAAAGUAUGAAUGUGGAAAUGAUAAGCAUAAGAAAAAGAAAAAAAUUGAAGAGUUAAUUCAAUCUCAAGCAGGAGCUCUUGACAAAUUUUUAAUAAAAGAACUAGAAGUUCCAAAUGAAAGUUGUUAUAUUGAUAAUAUUGAUGUUGAAAAUUUUGAUAGUGUGCCCAUUGAAAAUGAUAAUGUUGAUAGUGUGCUUAUUGAAAAUGAUAAAGUUGAUAGUAUGCCCAUUGAAAAUGUUGAUAGUGUGUCCAUUGAAAAUGAUAAUAUUGAUAGUGUGUCCUUUGGUGAUGAAGUUAAUAAUGAUGAUGAUAAUCUUGAGGAAGUUAAUAAUGAUGAUCAUGAUGUUGAUUAUGAUAUAUUUGAUCAAAGAAAUUGGGAUCUUCUUUAA